CGUCGCACGGACCCAAGCGGUCGAGCAGCGAGCUGCGCCCCCGAUCCAUCGAUGCAAGGGCACCGCGAGUAGCACCCAGCCAUGUCCGACGACAGCGACGGGCAGCGGCAAUGCCGCCGGGGCGUCACCGGCGACGUCGAGCUCGACGCCGCCAUGGCGCUGGCCGACAUGGCCGGCGCCGAGAACCAGCCGCGGCCGGGGGCGCCGGCGCCCCACAGGCCUCCUCCUCCUGCUUCUCCUGCUGCUGCUCACCAGGCGGUGGCAGCGGCGGCGGCGGAGGAGCUGGCGAGCACGCGGCUGAGCCUGGAGCUCGGCAAGGUCGGCAUCCAGUCCGCGUCCCCCUGCUCCAGCAGCUCCAGCGCCAGCCACCCGCACCACCACCACCACCCGCACGCCGUGCCCGUGCCGGCCGCCGCGGCGACGGGGUACGGCCCCCGCCCCCGCCACAUGCUCACCGAGGUAACCCACGCCCCCACCUACGGCUUCCCGCGAAUCAUGACCCCCCUCCUCCAAUUUCACCGUCUGCCCCGCCGCGCGCAGGCCGAGAAGGAGGCGAAGCGGCUGCGGCGCGUGCUGGCCAACCGCGAGUCCGCCCGGCAGACCAUCCUCCGGCGCCAGGCCAUCCGCGACGAGCUCGCCAGGAAGGUCGCCGACCUCUCCUCGCAGAACGAGAACAUGAAGAAGGAGAAGGACAUGGUGAUGCAGGAGUACCUCUCGCUCAAGGAGGCCAACAAGCAGCUCAAGGAACAGGUGGCGAGGACGGCCAAGAAGGCGCCCGCGCCGGCGGUGGCGACCGCGGCGAUGCCCAUCCAGCAGGCGGCGGCGGAGGCCAUGGCGGCGGCGGCGGCGUCCCCGCCGGCCACGCCGCCGCGGCCGGGGUUCCUGUACACCGCGGCGCCGCCGGUGCCCUACGUCUGGGGCUCGUGGCCCCCCGGGCCCGGGUACGAGCACCACCACGGCGGCAGCCCGCCGCCGAUAUGCCUGCCGCCGCCCUGCGCGUGGUACUACCCCGUCGUGGCGGACCCGCGUGGGUCGCCGUCCGCGUACCCGCAGCAGCAGCAGCAGCCGCAGGCGGCGGCCGCGUUCCAGCCGGAGCCCGCGGGUAGCGGGGGCGGCGGCGGCGCGACGGCCGAGGAGGACACCGACGACGACCCGUGCUCGCUGACGCUCGGCCUCGACGUCGCCGACAAGAGGAGCGCGCCGAUCGGCAUCGACGCCCGCGGCGGCGCGGGGCCGAGCGACAGGGACAAGGCGGCCACGGCGGCGGAGGCCAGGAAGCGGAGGAAGGAGCUGACCAAGCUCAAGCACAUGCACGCCGCCGCCGGCCGCCCCGGGGGCGAGCAGUGGUAGGCGGCGGCGGGCACUUGACAGCAUCAACUAAUCACAGGGCGUAACGUGCACUACGGCAUUGGCGGCGGUGACUCCAUUGGUUUUCUCGGCGGCGAACUAAUAAACCUCGUGAUGACCUCAUCUCUUCUUUGGAUCGAUUGCUUUCAUGUUUCGUUUGGUUUAGGUAGGAAGGAAGGAAGAGGGUUGCGUGCAUUAUUUCUGUCCUAGCUAGCAGUAUUUAAUAAACCUCGUGAUGACCUCAUCUCUCCAUUAUUUCUUUUGCUUUCAAGUACU